AUGGAGAUUAAGCCAACUAAGCUGGUUCAUGGUAAAGGUUUAUGUCAGUUGAUUGCUGAUAAUAAAUUUGAUGAAGAAGUAGUGCUCAAGAAUGAAGGCAUGAGUGAAGAUCUUCCUAAAGUUUUGUUUGUCAGCACCACUGAUGAGUGGUAUUCUAAUUUAUCAUACUUACUUACAUAUGGUGAAUGCCCUUCACAUUUGUCAUGCAAUGAAAAAUGUACCUUGAAGCUGAAAGAAAUGAACUUUGUCCUUUGGGAUAAUGGUUUGUACAAGAAAGGUAUAGAUGGCAAUUUCUCACGUUGCAUGGAUAAGCAACAAGAAGUUAGGUUACUUGAAGCAUUUCAUGAUCUACCUUGUGGAGGACAUUUUUCAGCUCCUGUCAUGCCACAUAAAAUUUUGCGUGCACAAUACUAUUGGCCAACCUUGUUUAAGGAUGCAUACAACUAG